GAUUCACACCGUGACAAAGCUAAAGAGAUUAACAAUUUCUGCGCAGCACAUUCAUAGUCGUUAUCCAAAUAUAUUGCUAAAGGCUGAUGAGUAAUUAGUGCUUGAUUCCUUGUGUGGAUUCCAUCUUCUAGUGACAGCUGAGCCUCCCUUCCUCACCCACGCUGUUGUUGCUUUACACAUCCGCUUUCUGUCGUCUCUCUGCCUUUUUCAGUUGCCAUUCCCAUUUAUCCGAGCUGAAUUACAGGUGGAUGUCCCAUUGUUUACGAAACUACCUCCGCUACCUCCUCCGACGGACCUCUUUCAACGCUAUUUUCAAUCUUAUCCAAGAUGGUCACGUUGCAAGUGGCGCGACCGCUGGUUCACAUGAAUGAAUACCGGCCGUUGAUCUCCUCAUCUUUGGGGAGGUUGAAGCUGGUGAAAGUUGCUGUGAACAAUGCGAUUGGAUUGAAGUGGAGUUGUGGAGGAUGUCGGUUCUGUUGCGAUGCUGUUGCUACUGGUUUUUUCCAACCAUUUAAAGCGUUGACGAACAAUUGCUCUGCGAUUCACGGUAAAGGUUGCCACGAGACCUCAACUGGUGGGAAGUCGACAAAUAUCGUCUGGCAUGAUUGCCCCGUCGGGAAGCCUCAAAGAGAAAAGUUGAUUCAGCAGAAAGGCUGUGUCAUAUGGAUAACUGGUCUCAGUGGUUCAGGAAAAAGCACUUUGGCAUGUGCAUUAAGUCAAGGCUUACAUUCAAGAAGAAAGCUGACCUACGUCCUUGAUGGUGACAAUAUUAGGCAUGGUCUAAACAGUGAUCUUAGUUUUGAAUCCAAAGAUCGAGCGGAAAACAUAAGGAGAAUUGGUGAGGUAGCAAGCCUAUUCGCAGAUGCUGGGAUUAUUUGUAUUGCUAGUUUAAUAUCCCCUUUCCGGAAGGACAGAGAUGCUUGUCGAGCCCUGUUGGCAGAAGGUGAUUUCAUUGAGGUUUUCCUUGAUGUGCCACUUAAGGUAUGUGAAGCCCGGGAUCCAAAGGGUCUGUAUAAACUGUCCAGAGCUGGAAAGAUUCAAGGAUUCACGGGGAUAGAUGAUCCAUAUGAAGAACCAUUAAAUUGCGAGAUUUUAUUGCAAUACAAAGAAGGAAUCUGCUCGUCCCCUAAUGAAAUGGCGGAAGAAGUAAUUUCAUAUUUAGAAGAGAGAGGGUACCUGCAAAGUUAAGAGGAGGGAGGUGGCUGGUACCUUUGUUGUUAUUUAGUUUAACAGGAGAUGUAAUUUCCCCUCUUAUUUCUCGCUGUUAGGAAACAUCUCGUUUCCUUCGGUUUGUGCUUUCCAAUUCUUGGUUCAUUUAGCAUCCUGCUUGCGAAUAAGGUUAAAAAGCAUGAGAAAUAGACCAAUGUGUGUGCUUUAUUAGUUUGUGGAACAUUGUCACUUUUAAUUUUUUUUUUCUUUUUUCUGUGAAGUUCAUAUUAUUAGACGAACUCUCUACAAUGGUAUGAUAUUGUCCACUUUGAGCAUAA